CGGACACCAGGAGUCUGAUAUGUGUACUGAGAAUUGCCAUUUUCAAAAUUUGCCACAGCAAAGUCUGUUUUCGAGCAGGGGAGACGGUGAAGUUCUCACCAGUUUAGUCACAUUCAAAAUGCAGCUCUCCAGAAGCUCCCUGUUCCAGGUGUGUUUAAGUCUGGUGGCUACCAUUGGUUCCUGCCACUGUAAACCUAUCAACAAUGACAUCAGAAGGAACAUGGAGGAACUCUACUCUCAGCUCUCAGAGGACCUUCUGGAAGAGGAAGAGACAGAUUCGAGGAUGGAGAACCUCCUGGGAACCAUGAAGGAGGGUUUUCUGAGACAGCUCAACUUGUCAGAUGUUCCUCAGGAGCACGGCAAGAUCAUCCCCCCUCAGUUCAUGAUGGAACUGUACAACAAGUAUGCCUCGGACACCUCGGCAGCCCCUCAGUCUGAUGUCAUACGAAGCUUCACUGUGCAAGAUUUUACUCUCUCUAUGACGAAUGGGACAAAGUCAAAGUACAGGCUGCAGUUCAACAUCAGCAUCCCCAGCCAUGAAAAGAUCACAACUGCUGAGCUGCAGCUUUUCUUCUUCCCAAACUUCAGGCCAAGAGUCACCUCCCACAGUUUCAAGAUCAUGGUUAAAGUCUACGAAGUCGAUACGAACAAUUUCACAUCCUCGGCCCAACUGCUGGUGGGAAAAGAGGUGGCAGGCUCUCAGAGCACAUGGACAACGUUUGAUGUGACCACGGCUAUUCAGAGCUGGAUCAAGUCAGGCCCUGCACCAACUGUUUUUGACGUAGCGGUGGAUAUGAAAGAUUGUGGGGAUUCUAGAAGCGGGGCGGCAGGGGCCAGCUGUUUAAACAUGAGCGUGUCCGUCGGCGAUAAUACCUCUGCGGCUUUGAUUGUCUUCUCAAAUGACCUCAGUAACAGGAGGAGGGAGAUGAAGAAGGAACUAAGAGAGAUGAUCCUUCAUGAAGAAGAAACCAUCCUACAUUCAGGGGCUGACUGGAACAGAGGAUAUCAGCUACCAAACGAGAUCCCUGAUUCUCAGCACCCACAGAGAACAAAAAGACGAGCACCGAGGGAAUACUGCCGGCGGACCUCGCUCAAGGUCAACUUUAAAGACAUUGGCUGGGACAGCUGGAUCGUGGCGCCUCGGGAAUAUGAUGCCUUUGAAUGUCGCGGCCAGUGUUACCAUCCACUGACGGAUGAGUCAUCUCCAUCAAAACACGCCCUUAUCCAGACGCUGAUGAACAUCAGGGACCCCAAGAAGGCCAACAUGGCAUGCUGCGUCCCAAUCCAACUUGACCCCAUCACAGUCAUGUAUCAGGAGAAUGGGCGCAUCACUAUAAGAUAUCUGUAUGAAGAGAUGAAGGUAGCAGAGUGUGGCUGCAGGUAGUUUGCCCUUACCCUAGCAAAGGUAAUGAUCAUCCUAAAUUUAAAUUUUAUUCCAUUUAGUUCAAUGUUCAAGGAUAACAGGUCAUAUGGCAACUUUCAUGCCCUGUAUUGGUCCAAAAGGUUGUAAAAUAUUCCAGAGUUUUUUGUUUUGUUUUGUUUUUUAAAGUCUUUUCUAUUAAUUCUACUGAUUUUUUUUUAUUGAUCUGUUGAUUCAACUGAUAUAUGCACAUGACUUAUAUGUAGAAAAAAGUUCAGUACCAAACUAUGGCUUCAUGUGGGAGUUAAACGCCACCCUCCCUCGUGAAAGUUCAUAAUAAACGCGCACCACCUGUAUUUAGCUUUAAGUUCUCCAUAUUAUUUUAUUUUUACUGUGAAAAAAGCUGUGAUUAGCUCUUCUAGACUAGAAGGGGUAUUUCUAAUCUAUCAUUGUGGACUAGAAUUCUCUACAGCGUGAAAAGAGAUGUCAUACAAGAUGUUGAUUGUGCUAAAAAUAUCUCCCAUCCCUAGGUUCAAUUUUAGGUGAAGCUAGGAAGAAGCUAAACUUCAAGAUAAGAACUUUUCUAGCAAAUAUUCUAAAUAAAUGAAUACUAAGGAAUAAAGAAUUGCUCUAAACUAUGCACCUAUUUUUUGUCAGAAGUAAGGUACUAUGCAUAAUUGAUGAAAAAAAAACUGGCAAUCACUUAAAUUAAUACCCCAAUGCUAACAGCAUGACAGACUUGCUGCUUUUGAGAGUUCAUUGUAAGAUAUGCGUGACGGUUUGUCAGACCAACAGAAUAGUGGAAGAGCAAAGGAAAGGGACACAUUUUGCAUUUAUUGUAUUUAAUUCUCAUUAUGUGUACAGUAAAGGUUUUCCCUGUAUGUGUGGAGUACAUAAUAAAAAGCAUGUAAAAAGCAAAGUUAAACGAGUUUACUAUUACAGGUAAAAUAGGUAUAAUUAUUGUUUGUAAUAAGCUGGUGAAACAUAAAUUCACAUAUAAUCACUGCUCAUUUGCUGAUAUAACACAUCUGUAUAUUGAUAUUGUAAGUAUAAAUUAUUUAUAUUGAUAUAUAUCUGGUAUUAGUCUGUAAAUUAUUAACAUUACAUUCAUUGACAGCAUAAACAUGCCCACCAUGGGCUACUACAGAGGGGCAGAAGUCAAAAAUUGAUAGGUGUGUAUCUGUACUUAUGAUCCCUGAGAGAAAGAAAUUACAGAAAAAUGUAUAUUUAAAAGAAAUAAUAAUUAUUAGAAUAUUUGCUCUCAGUGUGCAGAUUUUUACUCUCCUAUAUGUAGCAUGAUGUCAUCAUUUUGUUUCUAAGGCAUUCCAACCCUGAAAUUAAUAAAAAAUUCUUGGGCUCUUC